AUCCCUCAGAGAAAUACUGCCCAUUCAGCACAAACAGUUAUGUCAUCAGUUCAAUGGUGGUCUUUGACCUGCCAUCACAUCCGCCACAGCACAGAGUGCAUCAGAGACCAGACGAGACAACAACAACAGCUUUCCCUCCACUACAAAAACCAAUUUGCUCUCCAGCAGACAGAGCAUUUAUCAUGGAGGAGCCAGAUGACCCGUAUUACGUCACCAUGUAUUACCCGGGGUCAGUGUACAUGGACAUGUCAGACAUAGUUCCUCCAGAAGUGAGACCCAAACCAGUCGUCCCUGCCAAGCCCCCUAAUGUGGGGGCUCCAUCACCCUCCAGCCCCUUCCCACCCCAGGGCCCCGGCAUUGGGGGAGGAGGUGGCGUUUCAGUUCCUCCAAGUGCCAUUCCAGUCCCCAUCGGGAGUCACGGUCAUAGUGUGGGUCAUAAUGUCGGUCAUGGUGUGGGCCACGGUGCGGGCCACGUUGGAGGUCACUCUGCAGCGCACAAUGGAGGUCAUGGUCAUGGAGGCUCCAACAGCUCCAGCGGGGGAUCCACUCUCCUGGGGUACAUUGGUAUCGACACUAUCAUUGAGCAGAUGAGGAAGAAAACCAUGAAGACGGGCUUUGACUUUAAUAUCAUGGUUGUUGGUCACAGCGGUCUCGGAAAGUCAACUCUGGUGAACACCCUAUUCAAGUCCCAGGUGAGCAGGAGGAGCGCAGGAUGGGCCCGUGAUGAGAAGAUCCCCAAAACUGUAGACAUCAAAGCGGUGUCUCAUGUCCUUGAGGAGGGUGGUGUGAAGAUGAAGCUGACAGUUGUUGACACUCCAGGCUUUGGAGACCUAAUUAAUAACGACAACUGCUGGGAACCCAUUUCCAAGUACAUCAAUGAGCAGUAUGAGAAGUUCCUGAAGGAGGAGGUCAACAUCACUAGAAAGAAGCGCAUCCCUGACACCAGGGUCCACUGCUGUCUAUAUUUUAUCACCCCAACUGGACACUCUCUUCGACCACUAGACAUCGAGUUCAUGAAGCGCUUGAGUCACUCGGUCAACAUUAUUCCUGUCAUUGCAAAGGCAGACACGAUGACCAUUGAGGAGAGACAAGAUUUCAAACAGCGGGUAAGGAAGGAGCUGGAGAUGGGUGGGAUUGAGUUUUACCCACAGAAAGAGUUUGAUGAGGACAUGGAGGACAAGAGCGACAAUGACAAGAUCAGAGAAGCGAUGCCCUUUGCUGUUGUGGGUAGCGACAAAGAAUAUCAAGUAAAUGGCAAACGAGUUCUGGGAAGGAAGACAGCGUGGGGCAUCAUAGAAGUUGAAAACCCCAACCAUUGUGAGUUUGCUCAGCUGAGAGAUUUCCUGAUCAGAUCUCACCUCCAGGAUUUAAAGGAGGUCACUCACAACAUUCACUAUGAAACUUAUCGUGCCAAGAGACUGAACGAGAAUGGGGGUCUCCACCCCAUAUCCUCCAACGACACCCAAGAAAGCAACCUGUAGUCACUUCAGUCCGAGUGAGAAACAAACAAAACAGUGCAAUGAAGCUGAUGGAUUAAUCUAUGAAAUAUUAUUAUCAUUGUCACAACGGGAUCGUUGCAUGCUUGGAAAACAUUUUAAUACUCUACAUAUUCUUUCCAACAAACACAUAUCAAACCCCUCUGGAUUCAUUUUAAAGCCAUUCCUAUGAAUAUUUGGAUGAAAAGGGAAGUCACAAACAGAUAACUUAGUGCCAUCAUAAAAUUAACAAUUUAUCAACUGCCAAUUCCUUGUCUUUUAUCAUGAAACGGGUAGUGUAAGAUUAGAAAGUGCCACAUUAUUAUGUGUUUAAGAGGCUUUUGUGAUGUGUUGCAACUGAUGUCUGAAUUCAGACAAAUGAAAGAAUUUGCUCAAAAUAUUGAAAUCAUAAUUUCUGCACAGUAGUGAUGCACGAGACAGCUCUGCAGUUCAAUCCGUACAAAUUGCUUUCUUAUUAUUCUGAGCAGCAACUAUUCGUUUGAAGAAAGAAUCCCUGUGGCUUUCCUGUCAGAGGGGGCUUAACAAACAGUAAACGCUGUGCUGUCUUCUUUAAUACCCACCCUCACGAAGAAAACAACUGAUAUUACUCCAAUGUUCCCUUGCGCUAUUUAUGUUUGAUUUUUAAUUUUUCCAUGUGCUUGCAUAAACCUGCAAACUAUAAUGAGAGAAAGCAUCAGUCACAUAUGAAAUGCAAUUCUGUGGGCAGCAGUGUGUUAGUAAUUGUGUGUAAUUAAAUAGCCCACAAGGUGCAUGACUGUACAUACUGCAGAUUCUGUAACUACAUGGUUCACCAUAAUUGUGCACACAAACUGAAAACUUUAUGAUGAUACAGCUAAGCAUGCUUUGUUACACCACAGUGGGUAUAGAGGACAGAAAUUCGCUCCAGUGCAUUUUUGCUUACUUGCAUUAUUUGUGUAGGCUCUUGCAAAGUAUGAUCCACGGCAGUGGUUUUAAUAAAUAUUCCUCUUUUUUCUGGAUUCAGAUUGACUUUGUAAACUAUAUUGACAGCUAAAUGGACAACGUGCACCCAAUUUUAUUUCUUUAUUUCUUUCAAGAAAAAACACUACCUUUGCUCAUGUUUUUUAUAAGGCUCUGUCAAUGUAAUGCAUUUUCCACCUCAUUAUACCCACUGGUCUUUCAUGAAAAGAUUUUUUUCUGACCCAAAAGAAAUAGGACCAAUGGUGUACCUAGUACACCUGAUGAUAGGUGAAAAGAAAACGUAUUUGUUUAAUUUUUAUUUUCUGUUUGAUGUCUCGUGCAAAGUUUUUUGCGAACAUAUGGAACUUUGAUGUGGUGACCAAUAUUUGUGUUAAAGGUGGAGUCAGCGAUCCUUGACAAAUAUUGUUAAUAUUUGGACUCAACACCUAAAGAAGUACACCCCUCCUGCCCGUGCUCCUUUUUUAGUGCCCCUUUUACACCUACUGACUUUCUCUUUAAACAACCAUGGACUUUCCCCUGUUCUGUUUGUUUCCUAUUUACAGAGCCAGGACUGUGUAUGAACACACAAUUUAUUUUUUAGGGGACAGCUAGCGGACCGUGAGGAGAUAGUUGCUAAAUUUGACAAAAAGUCUGUUGUAUUAAAAUCGCGGACUCCACCUUUAAUGCCUUUUUAAAAUAAAAGCAAUAUUGUUUACCACUUGGUGGCAGCACUCUCCCAUGUAUAAGCAGUUACUCGUUAGAACAAGAAAUACUUUGUGUCCUCAGACAUCCCGACUGCUAGAAUUUUAAGAUACAUUUUUACACAGUCCAGUGUUAUUUUCUGAUGAAGUGUACAGAGUUUGGGUCCUCCACUCCUCUCAAUGAUAAGUAAUAUAUAUCUCCAGAUCAGGUUUCCAACAAGCUUUAAUGAUAUUACAUCAGUGGUAUGCACUUAAAGUGUUGGUGUAAUUAUUCCAAAUCAAUUUGAUUUAUUAUAUUGUAAACAUGUUCACCAAGUUUUGCUCAGAAGUAUUUAAACUCUAGAGCACAAAUAUGCCAAAACUACAAGUAAUUCAAUCUUUCGAUAUCUAUCAAUUUUUUUUUUUUUAAGUUGAAUCAUCAUUUUAUACACUCGUAUCCAUUUGUGUGAUUUUAAUAUGAAAUGUAACAUCGGCAACACACUUAGAAUCGUCUGUGCCAAAGGUUUCAAGCAAACAUUUGAAACAAUGUCUGUGUGCAUGCUUGGCCAUAUUGCCUGAUUGCUGAAAGCCAAUCAGUUCACACAUCACUGCAAUUCUGAUUGUGUGAUGUGUACAUUAAGUUGCUAUUUAAUGAGUUAAAAACUCUGCUGUCAUAACUCUUGUAACUAAACUGACAGCACACUGGCCCCAUUUCACUAAUUACUUUAAAUCAGUAGAACGUCACUAUGUCCAUUUAUUUAGUAACCACUUUUCUCAAAGUUGCUGUGAUACAUUGAUAUAUCAUGUUCAAUGUUGUAUUGAGUUAUUUAUAAAUUAAGGUAUUUGUCAUUAUUGUAAUGUAUUCUUUAUUUAAUAAAAGCAUUAUUCCCAUA